AUGAGUUCGAAUCAGCAAAUUCGAAUUGGUUUACCAUAUAAAGAAGAUUUAAAAACUACUUUGACAAAUUGCGAAGAUCCAUUUCGUGCUAUUCAAGAAAUUCAAGAUGAAAAUGGUAUUGCAUUACAGACAAUACGACCAGCAUUACCACUAUUAGAUCUUUUAGGCGUUAAACGUUUAGAUUUUCAUUUAUCUGUUGUUGAUGAUAUGAAAGAACGUUUAAUUAAACGUAUCAAUGAUUUAGCACAAUCAAAAUUACCAGAUGAUAGACAACAAUUAGAAUUACUAUUACAAAAAAGUUUUUCUGCUAUUAAUUUACAACAUGUAACACCCAUUGUUAUGGAAGUUAUCAAACAUAUGCCAAAAAUUCCAGAAAAAUAUUUAAAAUAUAUUGUUGAACACGAUAAUAUUUAUUCAAAAGCACCUAUUGAAUUAAAACGUCAUAUAUGGCAAGAUAAUCAACAAUUAUUCCAAAAAGAAUUACAACCACUUAUUCAACAGUAUUUGAUCAAUGUUGAUGAACAACUGUUUACAAAUGAAUAUCAAAAUUAUUUUUUACAACAACCAAAAACACGACGACAAACAUCGACUACUAUUCAACAAUUAUUAAAUAUGAUUGGACCAAAUAUUAAACUUUAUGAUAUUGUUCGAAAUUCAUUACAAAAAUUAUAUUUACGUACAAAAAAUUCACAUUAUUCAUCAUUACGUACUCUUUUGUUAAUGGCAUUUCAUGAUUUAGAAAAUAAUAUCGUAUCAAAAACAGAUUCUAUUCAUAUAUUUGUAUGGACAUUGGAUGCAUCACUUAAAGAACGUAAAUUAGAUUUAAAACGGACAAGAGAACUUGAACAAUUUAUAGAUGCAAAUUCAAAAGAUAUGGAUAUGUUAAAUAAACAUAUACCAUUUGUAUUAGCUGAUCCAAAUAUCAUUAAUAUUUUAACAAAAACAGCUAUUUUAUUAAUAUAUAAACAAUUAGAUGAUGAAAUACCUUUACCAAGAAAUAAUAAAGAAUUACAUUUUAUUUUACGUCUACUCAAUAUUGGUGUAUAUGCUUGGGAAAUAUUAGAUGGUCAAAUGACAACUGAAGAUAGUAUUGAUCUUAAAAUUUUAACACAAUUUUUGCCAUUUAUUCUUCGUUUAAUGAUGGAAAAUCGUUUACAUGAAAUGCAACAUGAUACAACAUUAAUUACAACCCAAUUAAAAACAAGUUUAAAUAAAAUUGAAUUUAUUCAAUAUAUGCAUAAUAAUCGUCUUGCAUCUAAUUUAUUUUUAUGUUUUAUUGUUAUUCUAUUUAAUCAUCGACAUUUAUGGUUAGCAAUUCAACUAAUACCAACAUUAAACGAAUUGAGUGAUUGUGGUUCAACUGAUAAAAUAUUUCUACAUCAGUUUGUAUAUUUUAUUAAACAAUCAAUUGAACAACAAUUUCAACAAAUAUCUCAUCAACAACAAUUAUAUCAGUAUAUUACACAUAUAUUUGAAAAAUUUUUCAUAAUACAAUCAUCCAAUGAGAUUGUUUUACAUUAUUCAUAUAUACUACUAAAAUAUGUUUAUGGAAAAAUAACGUCGAGUUUGACACAAAAAUUUUUAACAGCCUUAAAACCGUCCAAAGAACAUUCACAAGAAACACACGAUAAAUAUCGAUCAUUAACAAAUGAAUAUGAAGAUUUUCGUCGAUUACAACAACAACAAUCUCAAUCGUAA